AUGUUAAAAUUCAUGAUAGAAAAUGAUAUGAUUUCUUCAUAUCCAAAUUUAUCAACAUUGUAUAAAAUAUAUUAUACUCUGCCUAUAAGUAGUGCAACUGCAGAAAGGUCAUUUAGUAGGUUGAAGCUUAUAAAAACAUACCUCCGUUCUACAAUUGCUGAGGAUAGGUUGUCUAACUUGGCGGUUUUAAGCAUAGAAAGAAAUGUUGCUGAAGAUAUGGAUUACAACAAUGUUAUUGAAACAUUUGCCAAAAUGAAGAAAAGAAGAAAAACUUUUUAGAUGCUCUGAAUUAAAAUUUGUAAAAAAACGUAUUCUAUAGAAGAAAAUAAAGGUACCGAUUUAUUUGUUCAA